GCAAAAUGAAGGUGUUCCUCUGUGUAUUUGCACUUGUAUCCUGUGUCUUUUAUGUGACACAUGGUCAAAGUUUAGUCAAAGCUAUAUGUCGUCAGGGCACUGGUUCAAAGUGCCUGAAAAAUGACACCUACACUUGGAGCAAGAGCAUGAGGAAGUGUCGGUCAGUGCGACUGAAAUCCGCUCCCUGCGGAUUCUUCAACAUUCUGGAAAGAUGCAAUGAAGUCUGCUCUCGCCAGUCCAUGUCAAAUGACGAGUUGAGUGUUUUUAUUCAAAAGUACGGGGAAUAGUGUUACCGAUGGGGAAAAUAUAACUGGUUCAGGCUCUAACAAUUA